UCUGAGUACUAGGCUGUACAAUCAGCUUUAUUUUCUUUAUUUAGUAUUUUUGAAUUUGCGUGCUUCGGUCCCACCUUAAGGCCAGCUGAUUUUUUUGAAAUUGAAAGGACUUAGUAUCAAUUGCAAAUUAUUAUUACUUUUUUAAAUCAAUCGCAGCAUUGCUUGCUGCUUGCUUAUCAAAUAUAUAGUCUUGUGAGUUUUAAGUUAAUUACUACAUAAUACUUGUCUUGCCACGGGAAAAUCCAUCAAAAGAAAAAAAUGUUUGUAGGACUUACUGUUAAUAGUCUUAUUACCGUCACAAUUGGAAUCUUAGCCACAGGAUAUUUUUGGAGGUAUCCACCUCCAAAAAAUGUAGUCAAAAGUCCUCCAAAUCCCGAAACGCCCCUCCCCCCGUCGAAUUCACCAUUAUAUAGAUUUUCCCGAGCUGCAGUUUGUAGUGACAACAAUGUUUGCAGUCUUCUGUCUAAAAGUGCCAUGAAAAAAGGAGGAAGUGCGGUGGACGGGGCCCUGGUGUCUCUAUUUUGCACUGGACUUAUCGGGAUGCAAAGUAUGGGGCUGGGCGGCGGUAUGCUCAUGAACGUUUAUAGCCACAAAGCGCGCAAGUCGUACAGCAUACUGGCUCGCGAAAUUUCUCCGCGUUUGCUACGGGAAAAUAAUCUAUCGGUCUUUCGGGAGGAGGAAGAGUUCAAACAGUCUAGCUGGUCGAUUGCUGUGCCAACUGAAAUGGCUGGCUAUGCCAUAGCUCACCAGAAGUUCGGUCGCUUAUCGUGGUCAGAGCUUGUAGGCCCUACCACGGAGCUGUGCCGCAGGGGAUACAGACUUUACAAGCACCAGUACGACGCCCUUAUUAUGAACCAAGAGAUGGUUAAGAGAGAUCCCGGCCUGAGAAACAUGUUUGUAAAUUCUGAUUCGGGGCAGUUUUGGCGUACCGGAAGUCAUAUACAGCCUCCAAUUCAAUUGUGCGAGACGUACGAAAGGCUGGCUUUGGAAGGACCGUACAGCUUCUACAACGGAUCUAUUGCAGAUGAUUUGGCAGCCGACUUAAAAGAAAUUGGCAGUGUCAUUGACAAGGAAGACCUAGCCAACACCAGGGCUACAUUCACUGAAUCGGUCGUGUUACCGUUCGAUGAGUACGACCUGCAUCUAACUCCGCCACCUGGCAGUGGCUACAUCCUGGGAUUUAUACUUAACAUUUUGCGAGAAUUCCGGAUGGAUUUUGAAGAAGCUCAAAGCAUAGGCGCCUUACAGAUACAUCGAAUGGUGGAGGCCAUGAAGUUUGGGUUUGUUCAGCGGUGGCAGCUGGAUGAAAAAUCUGAUACUAAGAUUUUAAAUAAACUUUUCAGUCCUGAGCUAUCAAAAUCUAUAGCUUAUAAAAUAGAUGACUUAAAGACUUCUAACCAGUCUACAUUCUAUGGAGGUUCCUCGGAUAUACGCACACGGAACGAGUAUGGAACCGCCCAUAUAUCUGUGCUUCUUGACAACGAUGCCGUUUCAGUCACUAGCUCGAUAAACUUUUAUUUUGGUAGUGGCCGCAUUGGCAAACGUACAGGUGUUCUUUUUAACAAUGGCAUGUCGGAUUUUUCCAUAGAACAGCUGCGAAACUAUUUUGAUUUGCCCUUCGUAAUGGGAAAAAAUAUGGUUGCUCCAUCUGCCCGGCCUAUGUCCUCAAUGAGUCCGGUAAUCGUUACAGAGCGCUCAACGGGCAGAGUACGGCUGGUUGUUGGUGCGGCUGGAGGCGCAAAAAUUAUUUCAUCUUUGGUUCCUCUACUAGUGCGCGUCCUGUGGCAAAAGGCAAACAUAAAAAAUGCCAUCGAUGCCAGUCGUAUCCACCAUCAGAUGUCACCCAACGUUCUUCUCUACGAAUAUGGACUAAUUCAGAAAUACGUUGAUCUUUUGCGGCAGCGAGGACAUAAAUGUGAGCGCUACGAGCACCGCGGAUCUGUUAUCUGUGGCAUCGUCCAGAAUAAUGGUACAGUUUGGUCAAAUUCUGAUUUUCGAAAACCGGGUGGAGUUUCUGGCUUUUAAGAGCACAUGUUUAUUAUAUAAACCUCAUCGAUUUUUAUACUCAUGCAUUAUUAUAGGGUAGAGGGUAUUAUAAAUUUGUAAAAAUACCAAAUUUGGUAUUUUUGAAGAUAGAAGCUUGGGCGUUUUUUUUGUAGAUUUUUUGUUGCAAUUAAUUGUUUUUUUUUAUAAAGAAAGGUAGACAAUGUCUUUUAGACAUGUGAAAAAAGUGCAUAUUAAUGUUGCAUACACUAUUGAUUUUAAUGCUUUAGCUUGGUGGCAUAUAAAUAAGCAGUUUUUUCCGCUAUUGCACAAAACAAGCUGCAAAAUACUUUUCAUUCCAGUGAGCAUCACGGCUUCGGAACGUACAUUUUCAAACGCAAGAACUUUAAUUACAGAAAAGCGUUGUCCAAUAGCCACUAAUUCGGAAAAUAUUAACAAAAAAAUGUUGUUGCAUUCAAAUGAGUUGUAAAUUAUUGUUAAUUUAGAAAUAAAUUAAAUGAAAAAUCAUAAA